CCAACAUUCAAUUACACUCAUAUGAUCGGAUGACACUGUUUGUGUUAUCUAUUUAGCACAAAACAUCAACAAGUUGACUGUCAAUUUUAAAGCAAUUUUUAAAUAAUAUCUCAAAGUUUUAUCCAUCAUUUUACAAAGUUUUAAAAUGACGAAAGGCAACAAGAGAAAUAAAAAGAAAGAGAACAGAAAGAAUACUGAACAAGAAAAAAGAUUUACUGAUGGAGACGCAGCUAACUUAUCCGGUGUUAAAAAAGAAAGCAAUUACAUUUCGUACUUGAAAAAGGACGAUGUGCAAGAAAUCAGAAAUCUUCUCAGCUCCGAAGUACUGGAUGAUUGUGAUUUGCUGCUGGGGUCUGUAGCUAUUGGAAACUUUUCUGUGGUAAAGAGACUUCUAAAGCAUGGCUGUCAAAUUAAUUCUCGAGGGAAGAACGACUGGACCUGUCUUAUGUGGGCAGUGAAAUGUAAGCGUUUGGAAAUGAUUGAUUUGCUAAUUAAAAGAUCGGCCGACAUUAGUGCCACUAAUGCAGAAGGCGACAACGCAAUGCUGUUAGCCAUCCAGAGCGACGCCUGGCACCAGGACGCUUUCCUUGAUCUUUGCAAUACUAUUUCACGAUUUACGACUACUUUCCGAGAAGUAGUGAAUCAUGCGAACAAGAAAGGUUACACACUGCUGCAUUUCUCAGUGAAAAGAAAAUGGAACAACAUUGUGGAUCGGUUGAUUGAAGAUGGUGCUGAUGUUGAUUGUAUUGACUACAGAGGCAUCACUCCUCUAAUGAUAGCUGGAUACUGUGGGGAUAUAUCGCUUAUCAAAAGACUUCUAAGAUCCAGAGCAAAUGUCCUUCUCGAAGAUAAGAGAGGCUGUACAGCAGUAUGCUAUGCAAUAGCUUUCAUGCUGCCAAAACAUGUCGAAAUCUCUCAGACAUCAGAUAACAAAUUGCCAGAGGAGUUCAGUAUAUUUAAGUCAAUGAUGUUAUCAGAGCAGACAUACCUCAAAAGAAAGCUGGAUCUGCUGGUUUAUCCACCGAUUGCGGAUUUUGCUAGCACUAUCAGAAAAUGUUUCAUUCCAUUGGUGACAUAUUUUGUGCGUUUCAACAAGAAUGGACUUCUACUAUUGAUGGAGCUUCAGGUCUUUGAGAGGAUACAGGAAGCAAUCGAUAGACAUAUUGAAGAUGUUGAGUACGUGAAAGCUCUGAUGUCAGUCACCCUGGAAUUGGCGAGAGAUUGCCAAUGUUGUUUUAACGAAUUCCUACCAGCAGAGGUUGGAAAGAUCUUUAUGAGAGCUGGACUUCCAGAGACCUGUCUUCGAAUUUUGGCAAAGCAUGAUCAAUCUAUGAAGGAAAGUAUAAUAAAGGCAGCCCUAUUACCAUUGAUAUCAGUGAGCACAUCGCGAGCCUUGUCUGGAAAAAUAUGGCUACAAAGCAAUUACAAAACUCUGACUCCAUUCUUCCAAAACUGUAAUAUCUCCAAAGACAAAUCCUUCAAAAUCUUAGCAGACGAUUUUCAUAAGAAUCUAUUGAGACAAAAUGUGAGAGAUUUUGGGAAAAUGUUGAAAAAUUUAGAAUCUGGAAAACUGAUUGUUCAGAGCAUGGAAAUUGGUAAAUUUGAAGAGCAUUUGUCAAAGAAUGGAUCAGAUGGGAACCGUAGUACAAUCUCCAAUUCACGAUCGGUUAGUCCGAGUUUCACAGAUUUUCCAAGUGAAAAGUUUAGCCCGCAAAUGUUUGCAACUAAAAGAGCAAAUAGUAUUGAGCCAUCAAUUCUACCAAAACAUGAAGAAAUAAAACAAUCCCUACAACAAAAUAUAAUCAAAUGUUCAUCGAAUAAUACCGAAGGAUAUACAAAUCUCACCGAGCUUUUCAUGUCCAGGAAAAAUUCAGAUAAUAAAAAAACGCAAUUAUUACAAAAACCAGCAACAAAAGCCUGUCUAGAUGAGGAAGUUGAAGCUUUGAAGUCACAAUACAGAAGUCUAGAGAAUAUAGGGAUGAAACUUGAUGAUUCAGAAAAUAAUGUUGACAGAAGUCAUAAAUUAAUCAAUGACAACCAAAUCUUGAAAAGUAGAAUAGAAGAUGGCAAGACUUUUAGCUCUGUGUUACAACAGAAAACAAAAACUGAAACGUACUCUAAAUAUUUUAUAACGAAUUCUAAUCAAAACAUAGCUCCUGCACUGUUGACGAAGCAUAUUCUAGAAAAACAUGGUAAUUAUCUAGAAAACUGUACUGAAAAUACUGUGACAUCAGCUGCAGUUAGUGAAUCAAGACAAACAAUUAUUGAUAACUUGAAACCUAAUUCAAUUAUUGAGGCUAAUUGCGUCAAAGAUUUUGAAGGCAGAUAUAAAAAUCCCAUAUCCAACUUUUUAUGGAGUUUAGAUGUGGUCAAUGAUAAUCCUAUGACAGAAAAGACAAACAUUUUCAAAUGUGGGGAAACAUGGGAGUCAAAUAUUCCAGCAUCUGAUUAUAGACAUAGCUUCAAUAAAUGUUAUGUUGAAAAUGAGGAUCAUAAGGCCCCUGUAAAAGCUGAGGUUGAAACUAACUCCAAUGUUGAAUCUGAUGAUAAUAUAGUUCAGUUUGAUUCUAAAACCAAUUAUACGGUUUAUUAUGAUGAGAAGGAUUCAAUUCUUCGACAAGAGAAAAGUAAAUUUGAAUCAGAUUUGACAGCAUUCAAAGACAAUAUUUCUAACAAUUAUCUCAAUGAUGAUAAAAUCGAAUAUACAGGUAGAGUUAAGAGUCCUGAAAUUAAACAUCACUAUAAGAAUAACGAUCCUACGAAAACGAAUAGGCCUAGUGAAAAAGUAUUUUCAUUUGAAUUGAAUCCUCCAUUAUUCAAAAACAAUAAAUAUGACAUUGAUUUCUCCGAUGAUGAUCAGAAAAUUGGAAUUUAUAAUGAUGCAGAUUACUAUAAUUUUGACUAUGAAAGAGAUGCUGAAAUGAAUGAUGUUUGUGAUGAUGGAGGUAUGUUUAGAGUUGUCGAUGAUAAUAAUUUCUUGAAUAAUCAAUACCAGAAUUACGAGACUGAAGUUAUAGAGUAUGAUUCUUUCAAUAUCAAAAAUAUGCAGAGUAGUAACUUGGAUACAGUACUAAUGAAUAAUUCGAAUAGGAAUCAUGAAGUGAAUUAUUGUGUUAAUGAAAAGGAAAACUCAGAGCUAGAUGUUGUAGAACAUGAACUUUCGAAAGCGGCGGAAGGAAAAAUUGAGAGAGAAAAAUGUUCUUCCUUGAACGAAUUAGACACCCAGAUAGAAAAAUUGUACAAGCAAGUGAACCAUAUCAUCAAUCAGUAUGAAACACUUUGUAAGAAAGACUUUGAAAAUGGAUAUCCAAAAUUUCAGGGUGAUGAAGCAAGACUUCUUGAACUGAUGACAAGUCUUCCACUUGUUGAAUUGUCUCAUCUACAAAAUAUGAAGCAGAAAUGGAAUGAGCUACGCGAGAAACUAACAACUAGAAGUGAACAGAUGUUGGAAGGGGUUGCUGAAAAAGUUGAAAAGUAUCUUGACAAUUUUUCAAAAAGUCUUGACAAGAGAAUCGACGAAUGCACGAUUUCAAAUGAGCUUGAAUUGUCUGAUAUAGGAGAGGAUUUAAAAUACAGUAAAUUAUUUUGUGGUGAUGAAAAAUAUAGAUCUAAAUCAACUGAAGAUAGAAUUACAAACAAUGAUGAUGGCAAAGUGGUGAUUCAAAUCGACGAAAGUCAAUUUCUUUGUGAAAAUUAUAGAUCAGAUAAUAAUUAUUGGUGCUCAAACUAUAACAAAGAAUUGAACUGUUUCAGAAAUUAUGAAGAGAAUAAAAAUAUUGAUGAUUAUUAUUAUCAUUAUUCACAAUUCAAACAAACUGGAUUUUUUCAGCAACCGAGGAGAACAAUUGUAAAAAAUGAAGACAUCUACGACAAGGGUGAUUUCAAUAGGAUAUCACAUCCUAAACUCACUCCUAAGUUUGAUAGGAUAAUUGAAAAUACAUUUUUGAGAGAGGAGAGACCCGAUUGUGAGAGACAACUCAUUGAAGAAAGGAAAUCAAUGUAUUGUUCGCAAAAUUACUUGGAUUUGAUUUUAAACCUGAUGAAUUUGAACGAGAAAAAGAAAGAGAUAUUUGGAAAUGGAUCACUAAUCCUUGCAGCAUCUUCAACGUUUCCUGAAUAUAAGUUGAGAAAUGGCGGAAAUUUUGGUACAGUUGAAUUAGGUAUGGACCGAGAAGGGUAUCCAUUAGCUGUGAAGAAAAUAAUUCGGUGUAAGACUAAAUGUAUGGAAAUGAUAACUUGCACACUGCGCAGCUUGUUGUAUGAAAUGAGAGAUCUCCAUCAUGCAAACAUUGUGCCCUAUGUCAACUAUGUUGAGACUGAAUUCAAUGUCAUGAUAGCCAUGCCUCUCUGUGAGAAAAAUCUAGAUGAAUACAUAGAAGAGUUAAAGGAGUGUAAUGAGCUUGCAAACCGUAGUCUGGAUUUGGUGCAACAGAUGAUGAAAGGCCUUCAAUAUCUACAUUCAUGUACCCCAUCAAUAAUUCAUGGGAAUUUGAAACCAACAAAUAUUUUGAUUGAUUCCAAACAAUUAGUUCGCCUAGCUGAUUUCGGCUUGCACAAGGUACUUUACAAGCAAAAGAGUCCGCUGGUUGAUGAAAUGAUUUGGUGGGCUCAAGAAACCUAUUUGACUUACAAGAGCACUUUAAAAAUGGUCUGUACUUUACAAUCGGACAUUCAAGUGGCUGGAAUAGUGAUGCACUAUAUUUUGACGGGGGGUAUUCACCCGUUUGGACGAGCCAGCCCCAUAUUCAUUUUGGAUGACCCUAGUAUUUUGGUGCCCACUUUGCAUACAACCAACUGCGAGGCCAAUGACCUUUUGACCUGGAUGUUGGAAGAUGUCAACAGUCGACCCAACAUCGAUCAGAUCUUGAGCCACAUAUUUUUCUGGUCUGAAGAGCGAAAAUGGGAAUUUAUCUUGGCUUGCUCGGGAGUCGACACCAAUUAUGAAGCUUCGCACUUGCCUUUGCAACAGUUUUUCAACUUUAUCAACCAACGAACGCUGAAAGAUAAAUCAGACGGAAAUUGGGGAACGAUAAUCGAACAAAACUUUCCCGAACAUUAUCUAAACGUGUCGAGGAAAUGUGACGUGGAAACGGUGAGUGGUUACUGAUGUUCAUCAACCACAGCAAUUUGAACACAGAACCCGAAUUCAGAGCACGGUUCAGGGAUGUGAUUUUCCUCGCAUAUCCGAAUUUGCCUCUGGGCUUGUUCCGUUUCAUAGAGGACUCUGAGUGGGAAACUCAUCCUCAACUAAUCAUGUAUUCCCACCACUCGUUGUAUUCACACAAAUAUGUAUAAUUGAGAAAAAGACAUUGAACACAAUACUUGAAACAAUUAUUUGGAUUCUUUACAUUUAAAUUCUAUAAAUAUUGUAAAUAUACUUCAUGUGUUACAUUAUGGACUAUUAUUGCUGGAAGAGUAGGCCUAUAGUAAUGGAAUUUUAACUACACGAUUUGGAACAAGAGUUAUAACAGGAGUUUUUACUAAAAUAUUUACAAAAUAUUAUGGAUUAGAAUUAUUGAUAAGGUAAAGAAAUAUUGUUUUACAUAAUUAAUUAUUAGAAACAGAGGAUUAUAUUAUUCAUAUUAAUAUUAUCAUAUUUCAUAUUAAGGUAGGUAGCGUAUAUCUUUUGAUAUUUGUAUUACCGUGUAGUAUUAAGGAAGACACCGUAAAUAUUUAAAGAAAUAUUGAAUACCGUAUAUUUAUUGAUUUUCAUUAUAAGAAAAAUCAUAUUUGUACACCGUGUGGUAUUAAGGAAGACACCGUUAAUAUUUAAAGAAAUAUUGAAUACCGUAUAUUUAUUGAUUUUCAUUAUAAGAAAAAUCAUAUUUUUAAAUAAAAUAACUUACAAUUUAUUGAAAAUAUCAAAUGCUUGGAAUAUUAUUGACAAUAAAAUAUUGUUUACUCAACACACUUAUUUGUUGCAGAUUGUUAGAAAGAAUAUUAUAUUCUACUAAACUAUGUUUCUACUAUUUAUCUACUAUCUACUACUUUACUAUUGAUAUUACUACUACCUACAACUCAUGUAAUAAAUGAGUAGGCUACAAAACUUGCUUGGUAAUAAUAUCAUAGGCUAAGAAA